UGCGUUUUGGAGAGGAACUAAUUUAAAUAUUGGAGGUAAAAAUUUAUAAAAUACUUAUAUAAACUAAAGGAAAGCCUAAUCAAAGUUGGAGAAAAUGUAAUUGUGAAUUCCCAAAUAUAUAAAGAUGAACUAACUUAGAUAAACUGAAAAAUGAUUAUGGAUUUUGACUUUAUUUUCCCUAAUCGAGAUUGAUGCAAAUAAAUCAAAAAGUAUAAAGUAUUUGACUUAAAAGAUGGUUAAUCCUUAUUUCCCUCUGUUGAUAUGUUAUUGAGGAUGGAAACUAUUAAUUGUUUGGAAUGAUAAGAGUCUAAGAUCGUAUAUGGAUUUUUCACUUUCAUCCAUGAAAAGGACUUCAAAAAUGUUUAUACAUUCUACAUAAGAUCAAAAUAUGUCUAUGAUCUUUUUACAUGUUAUGUUUGUACUUCAUAUAACAUAUUGAAGAGAAUUCCAAAAUUAUUUUUACUUAUCGAAAUGGUUUUGUGAUAAUAAUAAUAUAUUCUCUCCGUUCAACCAAGAAAGCUAAUAGAAAUUGUAUUAUAAUUUAAUUUACACGAUAAGGUAAUGGAGAAUAAAAAUAAAUGGUAAUAAAUCAAAUGCAAUUGGAGCUUAAGCUAAUUUUAUUAAUCAAUAAACCAUCACCAUUAAAGUGUUAAGCAGUUACUUCAGGAUUUGAAUGCUUAUUUGUGAGUGGAUAGACAGAUUUAGAUCAUGCUAAAUUUUAACACAUAAUAUUGCAUGUAUGAUUAAUAUAUUUUCGAUAUAUGCUCUUUCAGGC